UUUGACCUUCACAUACGAAAUGAAAGUAGCUACAUGUAGGAAUAAACAACGUGUUUUCGAGACGCUUUGCAUAACUGUUCAUGUUUUGCGGUUGCAUCAGUUAACGAGUUAAGAAUGCUUUAUAUUUCGAAUUACAAGUAAGAUGAUUGGAAGUCUUAUUAUCAAGCGUGUUGUGUAUUCGUCAUUUAGAUUUGGAAAUCUUCAAACCACAUCUUUAUGUCGGGGAUACCUGGUAAACAGUGAGCAUUUUGCAAGAAUUUCCACUGGUGUAACAAGAUACGGCAAACGAUGGCCAUUUACUCACAAUUUUCAACCUUUCAAUCAAAUGAGUCAGUCAGUACAAAAUACCACUUCAAGUUCUGCAGUAGCUGAAGAAAGUGAAAAGCUCUCAAUAUUACAGAGAUUUAAGAGGACAUACAAAAGACAUGGGAAAAUCCUGGUUGGGGUCCACAUUGUGACUUCAUUGGUUUGGUAUGGCUCCUUUUACCUGACUCUAUCCAGUGGUUUUGACUUGCCUGGAUUUUUGGAAUCUGUAGAUUGGAGUGAAAGGGUUGUGAAGCCAUUUGGGAACAUUGGUAUUGAAGUCAGUCUAGAAAAGAUUGAGAAAUUUGUGAAUGUCAUGAAAACAUCCGGAAGUUAUGCAGGGGCCUAUCUGAUGUACAAGAUAGCCACUCCUGCCAGAUACACAGUAACAUUAGGGGGAACAAACUUGGUCAUCAGGUAUCUACGAAAAUCUGGAGUAAUGCCUGCAGUAAAGGAUGUGGACAGACUAGGACAUCUAAUGAAGGAGUCCAGAUCAGAAAUUGAAACUCGCAUGAAGAAAAGAAUGGCUCUAGAAAGGGGAAGAUAUGCCAGACUGAAGGCCCUGAGACCUGGCAGUAAAAAAGGAGGACAGUUGUUAAUGAAAGCUCAAGAGUUCUAUCAGAAACGAAAUGGAACAAAGAAUGGGACUGUUCAGAAACAGGAGAAAUGGAUUUCUAAGGCAAAGGAGUUCUACAGGAGUCGUAAAAACCAAAAAAUAAAACCAGGCUAAAUCAAAUACCUUGUACAUUUAGUUUUCCAGUUAUAGUAAUUGCAAAUACAAGUGCAAUAUGCAAACAAACCCAUGUUUUACGUCAGACAUAUUGCAUUUGCAUGAACAUGUCAUGUCAUGCCUGAACAUAACAUAAAAUGUAAUCUAUGUAGUAUAUAAGGAAGGAAGAAUAAUGUGACAUUUGAUGCCUGACUUUUUAGCUAGUUAUGCUUGCAAUAAUUUAACUAGGUGAGUGAGUUCAUUCAAGUGAUUUUGAUUGUUAGAUAGAAUCAGUGUAUGGUUUACCUAUAUGUUACAGUGUAUGUAUAUUACAUACAGAGCCAUGUUCAGCAGGAUUCUUGAAAGGGGGAGGGGUAGGGGGAGCAACAACUUGCCAUGUAUUGUUUGUUUGUUUUACAUCUUUUAUCCUAUCUUUGAUUUGUGCCACACCUGUAUAUUCAUUAUAUGCAUAUUUAUGAUACUGGAAACACCAUACAGGGAAAAUUUACUUUUUUAUUUAUAUUUGUUCAUGAUUGUUCUUGAAUUUUCAAUUUGUUUAUGCUUUGCAUUCAUUUGUUGAUUGUGCAUUUGAAGUUAUUUCUUAAUGGAAACACUUGUAUAUAUAUGUAUUUCUACAUUGUAUGUAUAUAUGUACAUUUAUAUACUACUUUAUUGAAGUAGGCUUUUAGUUUAUAUAUCAUCUAUCUUCAACAAUCAACAUAAAAUGAAAUGAUUAUUGCUUCUAAAGCACGAGUUGGAUAAUUGAUAUCAAUAAAAGUACAAAUUUUUGAUUGUUAAACUGUUCAACAGUUGAAUGUAAUUUAACAUUUGUAUGGCAUUAUAAUAAACGCAAUUAUAAGAACACA